UCGGGGGUUGUUAUCCGAGCUCCCAACUGACGGCAGCGGGGCAGCUGGGAUCGGCCAUCGUGCUUUCUUUCCUCUGCUCCUGGUGACAUCUACCGGCAGAACAGCCUCACAUCGGGCAUUUGCCGCUGCAAAAAGCAGCUUCGAUAUACAUCACGUUUAAUCUAUACGCCUAAAUGCGGUGUAGAAUUUAUGACUGUAAACGCUCCCAUAUUUGUUUGGGUUAUUCUGUGAGCACAGGGAGGCAGAUUUGUAGCAGGAAGGCAGAGUUCUUGACAAUUCUGAAAUGAGAGCGGAAUAAAUCACUGCAGCAGGUUUUAUAGGCAGCACUUCAGCAGAGCUGGGAGUAAAUAGGGUAAUGCUAUCACUGCCUAGAAAGCAUUUUCUGUGGCUUAGUGUAGCCUGCCGGUUCUGCUUUUGCUACAUAAAGGCUCUUGUGGCAGAAGUGUCAUGCUGUCAGAGGAUGCUGCAAGCCGGGCUCAGUAAGGGAAUCUGAAAAAGGACUUUGGAUGCUUUCUGGCUUUGCUAUGGCAGACUGUUUGUUUAGGAAACAGGAAUGCUUUCCCUUCUGCUCAUGGCUUGCUUUAUGCCCUUUCUUUUUACGAUCCUGAUGCUGAAAAUCAGUCCCCUGAAAGAAUGGCCUUGAGAAGACCCCAGGCACACUACCCAAUGUUGUAAGUGAAGAAAAAGCAAAUGCUGACAUUUUCUAGCCCUUCAGUGGGUAGAAAGUUCUAUUUGAGUAAAGCACAAACUUAAAAAAUAAUAAAUCUAUUUAAGGAUGAUAUUCCCAUUUGCAUCUACUGUCCAUACUAUUAGUGAUGAAACAUUACAUUGGUCUAUGAAUUCAGAGUCAAAAUCCAUUUGAACUUUAAUAAUUUAGCUUUAGAAGCUUAAAUUCUCUUCACUGGGCUUUGCCCAGAGUUGUCCUCUGCCUGUCCAUCUCCCGUGUUUUCCGUGUAACCUUGCACAAGGAGCCAUGGCUCUGUUUGUGAGAUUUUUGAAGCCUGCUGGAAGGGGAAGCGUUUUCCUGCUGUAUGAAAGUAUUUAACUGAAGACGGAGCAUGGAUCUUGUCCCAGUUCUCAGUGCCUUGCUCCUGUGAGAUCUGAACUCCCUGGGGAUACUCAUUCACAGAGAAGGAAGAUCGAAGCUAUAUUCAAAAUGCUUUCUAAAUCUGGUGCCCCGAGAGCUGAACUCAGGCUUGCUCAGUUCUGAGCACUCACAUCAAUAUGCACACAAUUAAGCACAAGAGACCGCUCGUGUAAUAAGUUCUUAUUGAUCCUGCCCUGGCAGAGCUGGAAAAAGAACAAAAGAGGCUUCUGCUACAGGUGUUCAGUGGGGAAAACCAGGUAUGUUCCAUCAGUGCAAGGACUUGCACAGGCAGGGCAAUCCCAGUGGUCUGUGCUUUUAAUAUGUUCCUACAGGAGACCUAACGAUGGCACCUGAGGUAUAGCACUGCUAAGGAUGGCAGAGGGACACAAAGAAAGUUCAGCUCUCUGUAUUCAGGGGCGAACUGGAAAAGGUCAAGCACGAUGGUGGCCCAUGAACAUUCAGACACUGAAAACAUUGGAAUAUUGCCGGACACACGUAGUGACAUGAGCAAGAAACAAUCCUGUCGUAAAGAGAUGGGAUCAUAUAAGAAUCCCUGAGUCAGAGAAAGCAAAUCAAGAUUGCAAGAGAAAGUUUGACUUUGGACUAUUUUCUUAUCUAUGCACAUUUGGCUUUGCAACUCAAGACAGAUUUUUGAGGACACUGCAGGCUUAGAAGAUUAUAUCCACUAAGUGUAUUUAAUCAGGAAGUACUGAUCCCAGAAAGACAAAGGUGCCCAAACAAGGAAGAGCUCCCGCUGUGACGCAGUCAUGAAUAAUCCAGUGACCUUCGUGUGGUGAUGGAACACUUUCCCAGUGUAACUUCACUAUGAAAGGAUAAAGCACCCAAACUCAAAGACCAGUAUUUUGGUCAAAACCUGACAACCUGCUGGAGAUUGACCACCGCCUGCCUGGCUGUUCCAGUUCACACACUGUGCUGUGGGAGGACUGCUCACUCUCUGGGAUUCUAUAGCAGCUGCAGAAGACGGGGCUAUGAGGACAGCCUGGCAGGGGAAGUCCGGUCGCAGCCCACUCCAGGCCCUGUAUGAGAGCGAUCAGUUUGAACAGUCAUCACUGCAGGCAGUUCACCAGCAGCGACGGGAGCUGUUGAGCAACGUCUGCAACCGUUACACCCGCAAGCGGCGGCUGCUGCGGCCGGAUGACUUGCGGCACUUGGUGGUGGAUGACACACAUGGGCUGCUCUACUGCUACGUGCCCAAAGUGGCUUGCACAAACUGGAAGCGGGUGAUGAUGGUCCUGACGGGGCAGGGCAAGUACCGGGAUCCUCUGGAAAUCCCUGCCAACGAGGCCCACGUGUCGUCCAACCUGCACACUCUCUCUGAAUACAGCAUCCCUGAGAUCAACCACCGCCUGCGCAGCUACCUCAAGUUCAUCUUUGUGCGGGAGCCAUUCGAGCGCCUGGUCUCGGCCUACCGCAACAAGUUCACCCGCAGCUACAACACGGCCUUCCAUAAGCGCUACGGGACCAAGAUCAUCCGGCGGCACCGGCAGGAGCCCAGCGACAAGGCGCUGGAGCGCGGGGAUGAUGUGCGCUUCGAGGAGUUUGUCUACUACCUGCUGGAUCCGCGGACUCAGCGGGAGGAGCCCUUCAAUGAGCACUGGGAGCGUGUGCACUCGCUCUGCCACCCCUGCAUCGUCCACUACGAUGUGGUGGGCAAGUAUGAGACCUUGGCCGAAGAUGCCAACUACAUCCUCCAGCUGGUGGGUGCCGACACAAGUGUCAAGUUCCCGUCCUCGUCCAAGACCACCAGAACCACGGACGACAUGACGGCCCAGUUCUUCCAGGACAUCAGCCCCUUCUACCAAAGACGACUCUUUAAUUUAUACAAAAUGGACUACUUGCUCUUCAAUUACUCCAUCCCUUCUUACCUCCGCAUCCGAUGAGGCAGUUGCUGGGAAGAGAGGUGGGGAGAGCUGGGUACUUCUCAUCUUGCCACAACUCCUCUCAUCCCACCCAUGCUCAUCUCUCGGUUCUCCCCAUGCCCUCUCCAUUACAUUCUGUUCUGUGUGCCUCAUUCAGGCACGGUCUGGAGGGAGAACACCCCGUAGAACACUGGGGCUGGAGUUUCUCCUUCCCUUUCUCUCCCACCCCUUGACUUUGGCACUUAUCAGUGGGUACAGGAAGCUGCUGGCUUUGAAGGUUUGCCUUGGCUGGGGUUUUUCUUAUGACUAAGAGAUUCCUCUAUAGAUCCAAGUCUUGGGAAGGGUCCUUUUUCAUGCAGGAUCCUUUUGGUUGUUUCUCUUCCUCACUGGGCUGUUUGGGGUCAGCAUGGGGAGCAGGAUGGGGCUUGUCAGAGAUUUACAUAGGACCAGAAAUAAAGCAAUAAUGUAAGUUUCUCUUGUUCAUUUCAAAUUGCUCCCACCUUCUUCCUGCUUUCUUGUCCUUCUAUCCUGGCUUCCUGAGCCAUCUCCAUUGCUGUGGAGGGUGGCAAUGUAAGCUGCAUUUUGCUCUGAUAGAGCCUAGAGGGCUUUUUGUUCCUCUUCUUCCAUGUGCUCUCAGCUGGGAUGCAAAAUGCUGUGAAUGGGGAGGAAGAAGCAGAUGUGCAGCUGGUAUGAGUGACAGAGAUGGAACGAUUUCUCCUGAACGACAGCAGCAGAGCCAUCGAUCUGUGCGUAUGUGCACCUGGAUUUCUUGUCAAGUCCAAUAAAUCCAGGUUCAGUUUUUUGUUUUCUCUUAAUUAUGUAAAAACAGGUAUUGAUUGUUUUGCAAAGCCAUACAUCCAGCACAGGUGCAGGUACACCCACUUGGCACAAAGGGAUGGAGGAAGAGCGUCCUGCAGAGAAGGUGAUGUUGCAUUGGGAAGGUUGGAGGAGUGUGUGUGUAUGUGUGUGUGAGAGAGAGAGAGAGAGAGAAUUUAUGCAUGUGCAUCAGAAAAAAUAGAGAAUUAAAAAUGGAGACAGAGACACCUAGAGGAAAAUUCCCCUUUGCUUGGUUGGCUUCGGACAAUUCACUCCUUGAAGAAGAAACAGAAGGGAGUUGAAACACAAAAGAAAAUUACAAACCCGGUCCCGGGGUUUUAAGUUCAAGCCAGUCCUAGGAGCUUUGUUUCUUUAAAUCCAUAUUUAAAAAGUCUUUUCUGUUCAGCCCUUGCGAGGUGGCUGCCUUAGUAAAUAAACGCAGCGGUAAUAGAAUUUGCUGUAGUGUGUCUGCUGGCCCAGCUGCGAGCACUUGACUUAUUAGUGCAAUACAAUGGAGGUUUUAUGAAACCCCAGUGUGCUCAGACUGUUUUAAGAAAUAAUGUUUUCAUCUAACAACUUUUGGCUGUUACAUCUUAACCUUUUUUGCUCUCUUGAUUCUGAUCUGAACCUUUCUGCUGACAUUCCCCCCUUGGUUAUGCUGUUUGGACAGUGGGUUUAGCAAGCAUUGAAUAAGAAAAGGAAAUAAGUAGAAUUGUUGGUGAUGCUGGCAGCCUGAGUGGUUCUCCCAGAGCUGGAGCUCUUGCAGAAAUGGUCUUUCUAGAGAUGAAUCUCAGAGCACAGAAACAGCUGAUGUAUGCUGCAAAUGUCAGCAUUUGUGCUCAGUGUUUCCUUCUGUGUUCUUGGGAGUCUUGCAGUCCCUGGAUAGUGCUGCUUGGUGUUGGAAAAGAAAUCAUAGUUCCAAUCACCACAAGUUUUUGACAUUUGGAGUCGGUCAGCAUCACAAAGGAAUGGAGUUUCGGAUGGAUUUGUGUUUUUGAAUACCAUGUUCUGCAGGUAGCUGGUGGCACAUUGAGUGGCAGGUACAAAUAUAUCCUUGCUCCUAUGGGUGUGCAUGCUGCUGGCUGGGAGAGCUCUGCUGUGACAGCAAGGAGCCAGCAACCAGACUUUGUCCAUGAUGGUGACUGGUGCUGGCUGGGGUGUUCCUUCCCUCUGCAUCGUGUCCCCAGCAUCCCCAGCAAGUCCCCGCUUUGCACAGUAGGGCUGCAGCCUACUUGUUGCAUUCUGUGACAUUCUGUGACAUGCUAUCUUUGGGCUGAUGCGUUUGGAUAUACCCACUUUGGGGCUUUUUCUACAGUUAAAAUCCAGUGCGUUUAGGUCACGUCCUCAGCCUUAUGCCUAAACAUCACUCCCCAAAGCACAGCGUGACAGUGACAGAAAAUGGCAGCAUAGAGCCGGUGGUGAUGGAGCGAGGAGGACACCGUGUGACAGGAGGGGAUAACUGCAGGUGUGACACCUGCGGGACUUCUUGCUGGAAUCCAGUUCUCUCAGUGGCUUCUAUUUUUAAUUAUCUUUUCCUGCAUCCCUUCUUCUUAACAGAUAAGGAAUUAUCAAAGUGAUUGGAUGAGAGGUCAUGGCCUUACGCUGUCCCAGAGCAGGCUCAGGUUGGGUAUUUGGAACAUUUUCUUCUCUGAAAGAACGGUGAUGCAGUGGCACAGGCUGCGCAGGGAGUGCUGGAGUCACCAUCCCUGGAGACGUUACAGAACCACUGAGAUGUGGCACUGAGAUGUGGUCAGUGGGCAGAGUGGGGGGGGGGGGGGGGGGGGGGGGAUUGGGGUUGAACUCGGUGAUCCCAGUGGUCUUUUCCAGCCUUAAUGAUGCUGUGGUUCUCUACCUCUUCUCAACCUAGGGCUGGGAGCGUAAUCCUUGGUGCUUCUGCACCAGGGCAGUGAUGGGUCAGGGCAGGACAAGCUGUGGGCCAAGCAGCCAAGGUCACCCCAGCAGUGGGAGCCCAAAGACUAACAGAGUAAAUCAAGUGAGCUGUGAUAAUCGCACACGGCUUGGCCUCAGGCAAGUAACAACCUUGCAAACUCUCUUUGAUGAACCCUCCCUUCUGCAACUCCCCCAUCAAGUGCCUAUUAAAAAUUAAUAGUUAAAAACCGAGAACCAUGAAGCAGCAUUUAGACCUCUGAGUCACAGCUGAGACAGGGCAGUGUGGUGUGAAGCUUGGGAGCUGCCGUGGAGCUCUCAGAGCCCCAGGGAUGCAAAAAUAAAGAACAGCAUCACCUUUAUCUAUGUCUGUGUGCAUGCACACAUAUACAGUGUAAAUAGCAAUUCUUUUAUAAUGUACAAUAGGAUUAUUUCAAAUAAUUGUAAUAUUUAUAUGUUAAUACAUGGACUAUAAUAAGUAUGUGUAUAAAAUUUGUUACCAGAAUAAUUAAAUAGCAAACAUGAUUGUA